AUGGUCUUGAAGCCCUUCAAACCUCCUCUGAUAAGGAAACAACCACCUAAUGAAGCGAAUAACGUGGACAAGACCUCCGCCCCUCAACCUCCUUCAGCGAAACGACGUCGCGUGAGCGAUGAUGACGCUACGACCGGCGAAGAUGAGGGCGUUAUUUCUGGGAGUAAAAUUGAGAAUGGUGCAAGGAUCGUGAGACAAUCGAUGGCAAGGAAGCCUUUGGUGCAGGUGAAGAACUCAGUGGUGGAGACUGAAGCGGAGCCAGACGUCUCGAGAACCGGAGAUAAAGAGAAGAGUAAUGCGGAGGAAGGAGAGGAGGAGUAUUUUAAUGUCCUUUGGCGCAAGUUCACCACCAAGAAAAACAAGACAUGGGACGGAGACGGUAUCCUCUCCGUAAGGGGCGGAUAUGCAUAUUUAAAAGACGUAUCCGGUCGGGAUAUGGGCAAGAUAAUGCUUAAAUCGACGUUGGAGCCCGGCGCUAUGCUCUCGAUUGGCGGGAAGGAAGUCGAAGUCGAUUCGGCCAUCCCGAAACAGGAAUAUCUUUCUGGACGGCAGUUCCUUGGGAGUACCAAGACUGUUUCCCCUCCGAAGGCUAGAAACGAGGCCGUGAAGAAGACGCCUAUGCAGGUGCCGAAGACUGUUUCGAGGACUGCGUCCAUGGGGGCUGCGAAACCGCUUGUGAGGACGAAGUCUCAGGUUCAGAAAGUUAGCAUGGGGAGCAUAGCAGAUAGUACUGCAGGGGAAGGGACAGGCAUGACUAAUGCCUUUAAGAACCCAUUGAAGGACAGUACGGUUAUGCCCCAAGCGUCUACAGGAAAGCCGACCCCUCGACAUGAUCCGUCUCAGCCAGGAGCGCUGGUGAUGAAACGACCAGACUCUGUGCCAAAAGGUAAGCAGAUUGUCGAUGUCGUUGUGGAUCCACUCCUUACGAAGCACCUUCGUCCGCACCAAAGAGAGGGCGUGCAGUUUCUGUACGAAUGUGUUAUGGGCCUUAGAGAUUUCAACGGUGAAGGUGCGAUCCUAGCAGAUGAUAUGGGAUUAGGAAAGACUCUGCAAACCAUCACGCUAUUAUGGACGUUACUGAAACAGAACCCAAUAUACGAAGCUCCUCCGGUGGUAAAAAAAGCGCUGAUUGUCUGUCCGGUUACUCUAAUCAAUAACUGGAGGAAGGAGUUUCGGAAAUGGUUGGGGAAUGAGCGGAUAGGCGUCUUUGUCUUCGAUGAUAAAAAGAAGCGAUUAACAGACUUCACCCUGGGUAAAGCAUACAGCGUGAUGAUUGUCGGCUACGAGAAACUGAGAACGGUCCAAGAUGGACUAUCGCAGGGAUCAGGAAUUGAUAUCGUUAUUGCAGAUGAAGGCCACAGACUGAAGACUCUGCAGAAUAAAAGUGGACAGGCGAUUCAGUCUCUCGGCACUGCAAGGCGGGUUAUUCUCUCCGGUACUCCCAUCCAGAAUGAGCUCAGUGAGUUCUUUGCGGCUGUGGACUUGGUCAAUCCUGGGCUGCUGGGGUCCUACAAGACGUUCAUGAAAGAAUUUGAAGGACCGAUUGUGCGAAGCAGACAACCAGAGGCGACUAAAAAGGACAUUGAGAAGGGCGAGGCGAGAAAUGAAGAGCUCAGAAGUCUUACGGCCCAGUUCAUGCUUCGCAGGACGGCGGAUAUUCUGGCCAAGUACUUACCCCCAAAGACUGAAUAUGUGCUUUUCUGCAACCCGACCUCGACCCAGGCGAACAUAUAUCGCAGCGUCCUUGCUUCUCCUAUAUUCCAAAGCGCACUUGGGAACUCGGAGAGUGCGCUGCAGCUUAUUACCAUUCUCAAGAAGCUGUGCAAUAGCCCUUCCUUGUUGAAUCCCAAGUCUGCGGAUGAAACACCAAACGCAACAAUUGCGGCAUUACUAUCGACUCUACCUCCGAGUCUUCUCCGUCACUUUUCGCCUUCGUCAAGUGGUAAAAUACGCGUCCUGGACCAGCUGCUGCAUAACCUGCGCACCAACACUUCCGAGAAGAUAGUCAUUGUCUCCAAUUACACGUCGACGUUGAAUCUUCUAGCUAAUCUCCUAGCUUCGCUCUCCCUCCCAUUUCUGCGCCUAGAUGGCUCAACCCCAGCAGCAAAGCGCCAGUCUCUCGUUGACAAUUUCAAUCGCACACCCGCAAGUGCCUGCUUUGCGUUCCUCCUCUCCGCCAAAGCGGGGGGAACGGGCCUCAAUCUCAUCGGAGCCAGCCGCCUUAUCCUCUUCGACGUCGACUGGAACCCUGCAACAGACAUGCAGGCCAUGGCACGUAUCCACCGCGAUGGGCAAAAGAAGCAUUGUCGGAUCUACCGCAUUCUGCUGAAAGGAAGUCUGGAAGAGAAGAUCUGGCAGCGACAGGUCACCAAGAUCGGUCUGGCGGACAGUGUCAUGGAACGGAAGGGCGGUGGUACCGCGCAGUUUUCUCGAGAAGAGUUGAAAGAUCUCUUCCGACUGGAUGAGACGAGCACCUGCCAGACUCAUGAAUUGCUUGGCUGUGACUGUGGGGGACGAGGCGUUGUCCUGCAGACCAUAGACGACCAGAGAUCCUCAGAUGAUGACAACGCCACAGACGAAGAAGAAGAAGAAGAAGAUCUCCCAGACUUUCCCACCCUGCUCAAAGCAUCCGAAGUUGACAUGGAAGCCCAAGAGCGCCAGAUCCAAGAGCGCAAACAAAGCCGAAAUAAGGGAAGAAAGAAUGAUAAAAUGCAGCAGUUUCUUUCUCAUUUUGCACAUAUCGAUCCGUCCCUACUGCUGGACUCUGGGACCACGGAAGAUGAGACUGCGUCAGACAUUAACGACCUUGUCGAAGACGAUGUCUUGGUGUCCUUGUUGAAAGACGAGGAUAAUCGAGUUCGCUAUGUGUUUAAGAAGACGACUGGUGCGGGGAUUUAG